CCAGGUUGAGCUCGGCUGAACGCCCCCUCAGCCGACACGCUCGUGCACGACGUCACCACGCGAGCCGCUCGAUCGCAUACCCGGACACUUGGGCGCGAGUCUGGCCUCGUGCGUCGCCUGGAGUAGAUACGCGAAGAAGGAUAGUCCGAAAAGAUCAGCGGUCGGUCAGAGCAUGCACAGCCGAACUGGCUAAGCAGAACCGUCAGCGACGGUCAGAGCUGCCUUGUCAAUCUAGAAGGAUUUCUGGCCCAUGGACGCUCGUCAACCUCAACGACGUUCAUCGCGCCAGCUGCCCAGGCCUGCGACGCCCGACUCUGUGCUCUCAGGUCGAGCGACAGGCGCCACAGAGCAGCUCAGAAGCUCGAAUGACCGUCUGCGUUCCACAGCGCCCUCGCCGUUCGAUACAAGCAGUCUGCCUGCAGAAAGUCGCCGUAAGACUCCCGGCGCGACGCCUGCAAGGCGAACCGCGAGCUCGGACGUCUCUCUGUCUGCCAGAGCGAAGAGGACUGCGCGGACGGCCAAAGACGGACUGCCGAGCUCGUCGAGCGGCAUGCCGUCGCCCGCCCAUUCCACAGGGCCAUCGCAGAUAUCGACUAUCGCCUCGAGCUCAAAGGGCAUUGAGCAUGGCGCGGGCAAGAGGAUCCGUCUGAACGACAAUCCCACGUUCGACAUGCUCGUCAUCGGUUGCGGGGGCGGACCGCUCGAGAGCAACCUGUCUGCUUACCUCGUCAAGCAACGUAACAAGGCGUGGACAGAGCAAUGCCUCGCGCUCGAAGCAGGCUCCGGCAUGGGCGCCAUGCAAAACAUCCUGAAUGACGCGCCAGAGGCACUCGACGACUUUGGCCUGCAGGAGAGUACAGCUCAAGCAGCAGCAGGCAAGAUGCUUGACCUCAUCCAAGCUUUCGUCAUAACCCAUGCUCAUCUAGAUCAUAUAUCCGCACUCGUGCUCGCAGCAGGCUCAGCCCCUCGCUCAAAGAGAAUUUGGGGCAGUCCGACAACACUGUCACACAUGACAGACAUCUUCUCAGGCCGAGUUUGGCCCAAGCUCGCGCUAUCGGAGAGCGACAUCACACCUUCAUUCCCUAAUCCACCCUACAUCUAUGCGACUGCCGACGUAAACACGUCGGCGCCAUUCACCCCAGUGGACGGAAUCGAAGUCUGCGCUCAUGCUAUCUCACAUGGCACCUCGCUCGACGGUACCGUCUAUGACUCGACAGCAGUCUUUGUUACGUCACUAGAGCACGAUCAGGGUUUCCUCUUCUUCGGCGACGUCGAAUCAGACGCGAUAUCGCGCUCCCCAAGAAAUGCUGCGGUAUGGCGAAAAGCUGCUCGCAAAAUUGCAGAUGAACAGCUCGCAACCAUCUUUCUAGAAUGCUCUUACGGGGACGAUCGACCGAUGCCACAGCUUUUCGGCCAUCUCAAGCCAAGCCACCUCAUCGGCGAGCUGCAGGUUCUGGCGGACUUCCUGCGCGAGCUCGACCACACUGAGCACCGAACGAAACGACGAAGGCGGCGAGACGCCCAUCCGAAUUCGCCGCUCUCUGAUCUACCCCUACAUGGCCUUACCGUCUGUGUGAUCCAUGUCAAGGAUGAUAUCGAGCACGGAGUGGAUCUACGGGAAGUGAUCAGGCGAGAAUUGGCCGAGCUCGACAAAUCCGCUCAGCUCGGCUGUACUUUUCUGGUGCUAGAACAAGGCAUGCGUCUAGAGUUUUGAUACCCAGCAUGAAGAAGCAGAGGUGUCCAGUGGG